GACCUCGCCGGCGCCCCCGCGACCGUCGGGAAAUCCCCUGCUUCUCCGCCGCGGCGCCGGCGCACUUGUCUGUCUCUACCCUGCCUGCCACCGCUGCUACUGAUCACGCCUACUGCUGCUGCUGCUAGCCUGCUACUACCAACUGAACUUCUGCUAGUGCUUGCUGCUGCGGGGGCGCGGGAAGCGGAACCCUAGAAUGUCGCAGCAGGAGGCGGCGGAUCCGGCGGCGGGGGAGGAGCAGCCGGGGGAGCUUCCGCGGAGCGGCUCCUCUAGCCGGCUCAACGCGCGGGCGCCGGAGUUCGUGCCGCGGGCGGCGGCGGCGCCCCCGCCGCCGCCGCCGGUGAUCCGCGUGUUCGCCGCCGCGCCGCCCCCGCCCCCCGCGGCGUUCUUCGCCGCGGUGCCCCCUCCGCCCCCGCCGCCGUUCGAGUACUACCCGCCGGUCGGGGGCGGGUUCGGUGCGCCGGUGGAGCACGAGGCGGAGGCCGAGCAGGCGCCGCCGGCGCAGGGCCAGCAGCAGCCGGCGAGGGACGGGAUCUCCGACGACGUGGUGCACAAGAUCACGAAGCAGGUGGAGUAUUAUUUCAGUGAUAUAAAUCUAGCCACUACGGAACAUUUGAUGAGGUUCAUUACUAAGGAUCCGGAAGGAUAUGUUCCAAUAUCAGUUGUUGCUGGUUUCAAGAAGAUUAAAGCUUUGAUACAAGGUAACGCAAUGCUUGCAUCAGCUCUACGGACAUCAUCAAAGCUCGUUGUUAGUGAUGAUGGAACAAGGGUAAAACGUGAGCAGCAGUUUACAGAGUCAGAUUUAGAAGAGCUCCAGGCCCGAAUUGUUGUUGCAGAAAAUCUUCCAGAUGAUCAUUGCUACCAGAAUCUCAUGAAGCUUUUUUCAACUGUUGGCAGUGUCAAGACAAUUCGAACAUGCUACCCUCAGACCCCAAAUGGCACUGGUCCAGUUACUAAUAGAUCCGCCAAGCUAGAUAUGCUUUUCGCUAACAAGCUGCAUGCUUUUGUUGAGUAUGAUACUGUCGAGGAUGCUGAGAAAGCGAUUGUAGAACUUAACGAUGAGAGGAACUGGAGAAAUGGGCUAAGAGUUCGAUUGUUGAAUACUUGCAUGACAAAGGGAGGUAAAGGGAAAAAGGGCUGUCAUGAUGUUAGUGAUGGACAUGGUGUGGAGGAUGAUGUUUCCACUUCUAACCAAUCAAAUGAGAAACAUGGAGAAGAAGCACAACAACCAGAUGGACAGGGAGAGCAAUUGCCUGAUGAAAGCGCGGGGGAUAUGGGCCGAGGUCGUGGCAAAGGCCGUGGGCGUGGAGGUAGAGGCCGAGGGCACGGCUACCACUACCACAACAACAAUCAACAGCACUACCACAACCAUCAGCAGCAUAAUAAUCACCAAACCAGCAACAGCCGGAGUUCUUCUGCCCAUCCAGUCGGAACACCGCCAUCCAACCAUCCUGCCAAGAACGAGCAGCAGCAGCAGCAGCAGCAGCAGCAGCAGACGCAGACACAGCCACAGCCACCGGCAGGAGCUAGCAAGCAGCCUCCAGGGCCUCGCAUGCCUGACGGAACGCGCGGAUUCGCCAUGGGCAGAGGGAAGCCACAGACGUCGUCUUCUUCACCCAGCGCGUCCGCCAGUGAACCUUAAACCUCAAAACACGCCAUGAUCACGAGACGCAGCGCUUGCUGUAUGUGUGUUUGUCAUGUUGAUAGAGAGAUACCGGCGAGAGAGACUUGUUUUUUAUAAAGUCUGUCCUUGGGAUGCUGCUGCCUCUUCUGUUGUGUGUUUCUGUACACGUUUCUUGUUUUUGUGUGUGCCGUGUGUAACUACUUCUAAACCACAGGUUGCGCACACCGUUUGCGUGAUUCGUGUGGGUGUCACUUUGCAGCUCUGAUUUUGCCAUUUUUGCCACCCUGACUGUAAAAGCUGAUGCGAAAAAGAAUAGGGAAGGAGAACAUAGUAAGAUAUGUUGAUGA